AUGGGUAGCAGCACUCUGCGUAAAAAAAUUUUAUGUCAUGUUGUCGAUGAGAUUGCAUACAGAGACCCAGAGAAGCUGUUUUGCAUACAUCCCAUCUCCUCAGAUAUUACACAAGGGUGGCGCAGGGUUACGUUGGCGAACCUGGCUGAUGCGGUGAACUAUACAGCUCAGUGGAUUGUGAGAACCGUUGGUCCCGCUUCAGAAGACGAACACUUGGCCUACAUGGGCGCCAAUGAUAUCCGUUAUGCCGCUUUCACUCUUGCCUGCAUGAAGACUGGACAUUCAGUGCUUUUGCUCUCCCCCAGAAACUCGACGGCAGGGUCGUUGCGUGUUCUACAUGCAACAAAAUCUUUCAAGUUCAUCUACAGCGUCGAGCGACGAAAAUUAGUCGAAGCGUUGCAGCAAACCGACAAGUCUCUACACUUAUGGGAAAUUCCUAGCCUUUGGGACAUCUUUAACAAAAAGGUCGAUCCUUAUCCAUGUAAUACGCAAUACACGAAUGCGGAGGAUAAGGCAGCUGUCAUCAUCCACAGCUCAGGUACAACUGGAUUUCCCAAGCCUGUACCUUUGACGAAUGGAUUCUUAUCAGCGAUCGACAAUAUGCCACAAUUGCCUAUUCCCUCCGGCAGGCGUAGUUCUUUGAUUAGCAUGGUAAAACCAGGAGCACUCUUCUUUACAAUGGCCCCUUUCUUUCAUCUGAUGGGCUAUUUCACAUUCCUGGAGAGCAUCUACCAUGGGACGCCUUUCAUCUCCGACGAAACCAAUCCUGUCAAUGCCUUGCUUACGCCCUCCAUCUUGGAAGAUUUUGGAUCAUCCGAGGCUGGUCUCAAUCUGCUGAGACGAUUCGAGACAAUUUUCUUCGGCGGUGCACCCUUGUCACCCGACAUUGGCAAUAAAUUGUGCCAGGAUACCAAUUUACAGGCCUUGAUUGGCUCUAGUGAAGCUGGAUUCAUUUCCAGUCUAGUUCCUGCUGACAUGAAGGACUGGGAAUGGUUUGAUUGGAACCCAUUCAACGACGUAGAUAUGCAAUACGUUGAGGAUGGUCUAUUUGAGAUGGUAUUACGCAGGAAGGAGACGCGGGACUUCAGUGGGAUUUUCCACACUUUUCCUGACAUUGACACGUAUCGGACCAAAGAUCUUUACGCGCCACAUCCUACACGGCCCGGUCUGUGGCGAUACCGCGGUCGUUUUGACGACGUGAUUGUGCUCAGCAAUGGCGAGAAAUUCAACCCUAUUGAGAUGGAAAAGAUUAUCGAAGGUCACCCAUACGUGUCGAAAGCGCUCGUUGUCGGUCAGAAAAGAUUCCAACCGGCCCUGCUCAUCGAACCGAAUUGGCAGGAAUUGCCAGCAGAAGAACACGAUGAUGCGAAUGGCUGGCUCAUUGAUAGGAUAUGGCCAACCGUUGAGAAGUCGAAUGAGAUUGCCCCGGGCCAUGGUCAGUUGCUCAAGGCCAAGAUCGGCAUGGCGUCCAAGAGUAAGCCAUUCAAGACCACUCCAAAAGGGACGGUUCAGCGUCAACUCGUCUUAGCGGAUUAUGCAGACGAGAUCGAUGAAAUUUAUAACCGCAUCAGCGACGACGAGGAGGGGAUCAGCAAUCUCCCCCUGGAACUUACUCUUCAGAAUGUCACUCAAUACGUCCAACAAGUCUUGUCUCACUUGCUGAAAGUCGACAAACAGGUCCCGGAGACGGCCGAUAUUUUCUCCCUGGGUCUGGAUUCACUCCAGACCCUGCAGCUUUCUAAGAUCUUGCAAGGGGCGGUCGGCUCCCUUCGGCCGGACCAUGCGGGACCAGUUAUUAUCCCAGCCCAAAAACUGUACUCGUAUUCCAGUGUUGCAAGUAUCUCACAGUACGUGUACGGGCUCGCCAACGGCGGGGACGCGAGUGUCGAGGUAGAUGGCCAUCACGAUUCAACCCGAUCUCAAAGAAUUGCCGCCCUCAUCGAGAAGUACACCGAGGAUCUGCCUGAGAAGCAGGUUGGUCACUUCCAUCGGCUCGGUAAAUAUGCGGUUAUAUUAAGUGGCUCUACCGGCUCUUUGGGAAAUUACAUCCUCAAUGAACUAAUCCUCGACCCCGAAAUCUCAAAGAUCUAUUGUUUGAACCGUUCCGAAGAUGCUGAAAAGAGACAGAUUCGCAGUUUCGAGGAAAAGGGUCUAGGGCAUCUUUCUUCACGGGUGGAAUUCCUACGGGCUAAAUUUGGUGCUGAAAAAUUAGGCCUUUCCGACCACAAAUAUGAGGAGCUCAAGGAUUCAGUAGAUACGAUCAUUCACAAUGCUUGGAAGGUCAACUUUAACCACAAGCUGGAGACGUUCGAAGACACCCAUAUUGAGGGUGUUCGUCGAUUAAUCGACUUCAGUCUGGACAGCACGCACAGCGCACAUAUCCACUUCAUCUCAUCCAUUUCCACCGUUGGUGGCUGGACUGCAGCACACGGCCCGUCUGUGCCUGAGGUUCCAUUGGAAGAUCCUCAAGUCGCAUUAGAACAAGGGUAUGGAGAGUCAAAGUUCGUAUCCGAGCGUAUUUCCGCCAUUGCUUCGGCUCGUUCCGGUGUGCCUACGAGCUUGUUUCGUGUAGGACAGAUUGGCGGUCCAACCACGGAGAAGGGUGUUUGGAACAGACAGGAGUGGCUACCGGCAAUGAUUGCUACCUCCAAGACGCUCCAGAAAAUCCCAACGGAAAUUGGCUCAAUGCCUGUGGACUGGAUCCCCGUGGACUCGCUCGCCAAGAUCAUCGUAGACGUUACUCGCUCUCGUCGUAUCACGGAUACGACCGAACGGACAGCAGCCUUCAACCUCGUCAACCCAAUAGCCACGCCGUGGAUGUCGCUAGUUCCGCCCAUCCAGGCUCGUUACUCUGUCGAGCCGGUUGAAUUUGGUGCCUGGCUAGACGCUGUCGAGGCAUUUUCCAACCCUACACAAGCCGACUUCCAGGACAAGCCGGCACUCAAGAUCCUGGAAUUUUUCCGUGGCCUUCAUGAGGGACAUGGAGAUGGAAAGUUGAGCCCUCCCAUGCAGACUGCCCGCACUCAGGCCGCUAGUAAGACUAUGCGCACCUUAAGCUCCGUGGAUGCAACUCUAAUGGAGAAUUGGCUGAGGCAGUGGAACUUUUAA